AUGACAGCGCUGUUCGAUAACCUGUCAUGCCAUCACGCCAUCGAUGACUUCCGAAACAGAGUCUACUCCACGCUCUACUCCAUGAUCAGCAUCAUGGGCUUUGUCGGCAAUGGCGUGGUGCUGUACGUCCUCAUAAAAACCUACCGGCAGAAGACAGCCUUCCAGGUGUACGUGCUGAACCUCGCCGUGUCUGACUUCCUCUGUGUCUGCACCCUGCCCCUGCGGGUCACCUACUACGUCCACAAAGGGAACUGGUUCUUCAGUGAUUUCCUGUGCAGGAUCAGCUCGUACACGUUUUACGUUAACCUGUAUUGCAGCAUUUUUUUCAUGACGGCCAUGAGCUUCUUCCGUUGCAUCGCCAUCGUUUUCCCAGUCCAGAACAUCAACCUGGUAACGGAGAGGAAGGCCAAAUUUGUCUGCGUUGGCAUCUGGAUUUUUGUCACCCUGACAAGCGCUCCCUUCCUGCGGAAUGGGACAUACCAACACGGCAACAAGACCAAGUGCUUUGAACCCCCAGAAGACUCUCAGAAGACAAAUCUAGUCAUGAUCCUGGAUUUUAUUGCCCUGUUUGUGGGCUUCAUUUUUCCCUUUACCAUCAUAACCAUCUGCUACACCAUGAUCAUAAGGACCUUGCUGAAUAAUUCCUUGAAGAAGAACCAGGCCAACCGCAAGAAGGCAGUCUGGAUGAUCAUCAUCGUGACGGCCACCUUCCUGGUCAGCUUCACCCCAUACCACAUCCUGCGCACGGUCCACCUCCACGCGCUGCGGCUGAAGAACGCCAGCUGCGAGGAUGCUGUGUUCCUACAGAAAUCGGUCGUGGUGACCCUCCCCUUGGCAGCUGCCAACUGCUGCUUUGACCCUCUUCUUUAUUUCUUCUCGGGGGGCAACUUUCGGAAGAGACUUACCACAUUUAGGAAGGCGUCUUCCUCCAGCUUAACGCAAGCUUUCAGGAAGAAGUUCUCCGUCAAAGAUGAGGAACCCUUUGGAGAAAGCCAUGGGGGGAACGGAAAGGCGGCCGUGACCCCUUCAUAA